AUGGAUGCGGACACUGAAUAUUUUUCGAGUGCAUCCGAGAAGUCUUCAUUGGAAGACUCGUCUCAAUAUGAAGCAUCAGAAGACGAAAUAUUCCACGUAUCGCCCACGAUAAGGCGGCGCCGAAUCGAACCGGAUACCGAGGAUGAAAUGGAUAUCGAAAAUGAAAAUGAACAUAAUAUAGAGGAUAACGAAUGGUCAAAUAAUAUAACACAAACUGCAGCAAGUGUAAUCCCAUUUGUAAAAUCUAGAACUGCUGUACAGAUCGAGGGUAAUCAGCCAUACAGUUUUUACGUUGCCUUUCUUACGGAAGAAAUUCUACAAAUAAUUGUUGAUGAAACCAAUAGAUAUGCUGAACAAUAUAUGCAAAAUAGAAGAUCCGUUCGUGUAGAUAAAUGGAUACUAACCGACAAAAAUGAAAUGAGACGAUUUUUCGGGCUACUAAUAUGGAUGAGCCUAGUCAAGUUACCAAAAUAUGACGCAUAUUGGUGUACCAAUAACACCUACUGCCAAUCUUUUCCAAGAACAGUUAUGUCGAGAAAUCGGUUUGAGUUGUUAUUACGAUUCCUUCAUUUUACAAAUAAUCAAACGGCAAACACAAAUGAUAGACUGUACAAAUUAAGACAAAUUGUUGAUAUACUAAAUCAAAAUUUUUCUAAAUACUAUGAUUUAGAUGAAGAGAUAUGCAUUGACGAGUCACUGGUACCUUUCCAAGGACGCAUAAAGUUCAGGCAAUUUUUGAAACAGAAACGACAUAAAUACGGCAUCAAAGUCUUCAAAAUGUGUUCAGGCCAAGGAUAUACAUACAAAUUUGAAAUAUAUUCGGGAAAAAACUUAGAUGCGCCAUGUGUAACCCCCACAAAUGUUGUAAUGAAUAUAUGCAACAAUAUUCUUCAUAGAGGCCACACAAUUUACACCGAUAAUUGGUAUACAAGUAUAAAUUUAGCUGAAAAAUUAAUUGAUUGCAAUACUCAUUUAGUAGGAACCUUAAAAAAAGAUAGAAAGGGAAUACCUGUUGACAUCAAAUUUAAAAAAUUAAAACGCGGUGAACUUAUUGCAAUGCAAAAUAAGAAGGGGAUUACGGUCCUCAAAUGGAGAGACGAGCGUGACAUUUUUAUGAUUUCGACGAAACAUUCGGCUGAAAUGGUAGAGGUCCGCAAAAAAAAUUAUGUUUGUGAUAAACCAAUGGUAGUGGUAGAUUACAGCAGAGGAAGAUGUGCUGUAGAUUUAUCAGAUCAAAUGAUAGCAUAUUCUACACCACAUAGAAGAACCCUCAAGUGGUAUAUAAAAUUAGCUUUAGAGUUAUUGUUUACAUCAAUUUCAAACGCGAUGAUACUCUAUAAACAAGCAACAAAAACAAAAAUCAAGGUAUCAGAUUUUAGAAUGGCACUUGCAAUGCACCUUACACAAUGCCACUCACCAGAGCCGUCAGAUAUACUUAUUCGACAAAGGUUGCGACACGAAAUGCAGAAGAAAGAAGGGCAAGCGUACCUGGCACGAAAAUUUUGCAGAGAGUGCUAUAAAAAAAAUGUUAAACAGUUAGGGUCAAAAAUUGCUAAGAAUCGCACCAAAAAGGUGACCACCUAUUGUCCAGAUUGUAUUGAUGAGCCACAUUUAUGUUUAAAGUGUUUUAACACAGUGCACCGUUAG